CUCCCAUGCAUCUUUCUGACAAUCUCUACGGUCUAAUUUUUCCGACACUCUUGAGGUUGAGAAGCUGAGUCCACCCAACCAGCCCCCCUUGCUCAUUGCUUUUACCCGGGAGCUAUGGCGGGGUAAUGCAGCAAAUCCGGGGUCGAGGUCGGCAGGGGCCCAGAGUCAAUUGGGUAUAGUGCGUGAAAUUCAUGAAAACAUUAUUGGAAGUGAAUGAUCGUCUUAUGUUUUCUUGAGGAUAUAUAAUCAAGUCAAGAAAGGUUGUGUUACAACUCGCUCACUUGACUAAUCCACCUCAUCUUGCAUUAUGGGAAAGAUAUUCAACGUUUCGCUGGCGAUUUUCGCUGCCACGGGGUAUGGCAGCUUAUUCGAAUAACUAGGUAUAGAGUUGAAUGCUAAUGGACUCUCUGUAGUUCUUUUUUGUUUGGAUAUGAUUCUGGUGUUAUGACGUGAGUGCAUCCCUCUUCUUCACCGCAACGAUGCGAUUGUUCAAUCUCGGCAUAUUUAUUUGAUAUUGCAUACUCGCGAAUAUUUAGAAGACUGCAGAACUGACCCUAUAUGCAGCGAUGUUAUCGCAUCAGAAAACUUCUUAGAAUACUUCGAUACAAAUCCGAAAUCGUCCAUAAUCGGAGCGAUCAAUUCUACGUUCAAUGGCGGUGCUGUCUUUGGCGCACUCAUGGGAGGACUCACAAUGGAUCGGUUUGGAAGGAGGAUAACCAUUCAGAUUGGUGCUCUUAUUUGCCUGGUUGGCGCUAUUUUGCAGGCGGCCUCGGUUAACUUGGCUAUGAUGCUCGUUGGAAGAAUCAUGGCUGGUUGGGCAGUUGGACUUUUAAGUAUGUCGGUACCUGUAUAUCAGAGCGAAUGCGCCCAUCCAAAGGUAAAUACGAAGGCUUUCCAACAUGUGAAGAUCUAGUAUACUAAGACUCAUUAUCCAUAGAUUCGAGGUUUUAUUGUGGGCAUGUCACAGCAAAUGAUCGGAAUGGGCUUCAUCGUGUAAGAAAUCCCUACUUCUCCAGUUCCCCUUUAUAGAACACUAAGUCUUUUAGGUCUACAUGGGUUGGAUACGGUUCUCAUCAGGCAGGGUCUCAUACCCAGUUUCAAUGGAGGUUUCCUCUCGCCUUUCAAGCCGCACCAUGUCUAGUAAGCCAGGAGUCACCUCAAUUCAAGGCCUGAAAAUUUAACAAUGGUUUAGAUAUUGGUGGUUGGAAUGAUCUUCUUCCCUGAAAGCCCCCGACAUCUCAUGGCGACCGAUCGCGAAGAAGAAGCGAUGAGAAUAUUGAAAAAACUACAUGCGGAAGGAACAAACGGUAUCCCACCCCAGCAGGGAUUCAGGAACCAAAUUGUGCUAAUUUAGACAACAGACGAGUGGAUUAUGACCGAAUUUACGGAAAUCAAACAGACAAUCGCAGCCGAGAAAGCUAUAACCGUCCCAGGUUGGAGUGUCAUGUUUACCGUUCCACAAUGGAGAACUAGGUUAAUGCAUGGUGUUGCUGUUCAAGUCUUCACGCAAAUGAGUGGAAUCAGUUUGUUACUCUUGUUGCCGGAUUUCUCAUUCUCAGUCUAAUAGUGUUCCAGACGUCAUUAACUACUACCAGACCAUCAUGUACGAUGCUCUAGGCUUCAAGGGAAACAAGGCUCUAUUGAUCUCCGGCAUCUAUAACUUUAUGGGGCCAAUUGCAAGUAAGAAUUGUCUUGAUAGGUGUUGGAAAUACUCGCUAAUCAUAAGGAAGAUUUGAUCUUUAUAUUCUUCCUCCUUGAUCGAGUUGGCCGAAGGAAGCCACUCCUCUUCGGCACCGUUGGUAUCACGAUUGUCCUACUUUGCGAGGGAAUAGUAAACAGCCAAAACACCGAUGGCACUCACCGUGGUCUCUCGAUAGCAGGAGUGUUUUUCAUAUUCCUCGUCACCAUCAUAUUCUCUUUCUCAUUCGGUCCAGUAUCCUGGGUUUACAUGUCCGAGUAAGUCCAUCUUCACUUCUCCAUCUCCACCUUCUUCCCUCAACAUGUCUAUAUUCCUAACACCAUACAAAGAGUAAUGCCAAUGCAAAUACGCGCCCGUGGCAACGCAUUCGCAACCGGAAUCGGUAACUGGCUCGUUGCCACGAUCUGGGCACAAGUCUCACCCAUAGGGCUCGCCCACACAGGAUGGAAGUUCUACUUUAUCUUCGUCGCCUUUAACAUCGUCGUCACCUUCCCGGUUAUCUUUUUCUUCUUCAAGGAAACGAAACAGGUCAGCCUUGAGGAUAUUGAUUUGUUAUUCGGAGAGAGGGCGUUAGGUACUUUACCGGAUGAUUUGCAUAAAGAUGGAAUGGGAACAGUUGAGCAUGUUGGCGUUGCGGUGAAGGCUUAGAUGAUGAAGUAGCGUGGUGUUUGAACGUCUUCAGAAAGCAAAGCGCUAGAGAGAAGGGUGUGAUAUAAUGAUGUAUUUUACGGAGUGGACUCUCGGCUGUGCCUUUUAGUUUAUUCCGUAGAAAGAGAAAUUUUGAUCAGC